ACACACACACUUCUCUGAAUGGUUCGACUGGCCAGAUGACUGGUCAGAGGAAAAUGCCCCGCCCCCCCUGCCAGGCCUCCAGUGAGGGAAGGUCAGGUUAAGGUCUCCAGGAUUCAGGGGAAGUAGGAGAGACCUAACAGCACCCACGACAGGCCUUGAUUGUGCCUGGGGCCGCAAGACUGAAUGGCCUGGAGGUAGGGCCUGGGCUUCCAGUUCCCUGAGGCACCUGUGAGAUCUCGGCCUCUCAGGCUCCACUUGCUAACCCCUCUGUCCCAUCACACCACUAGGGGCAGCAGAGAGUCAGAUCCCAAGGAGGGCCGGGGUAGUGCUGGGCCACCAGCACACGUGCCCCCCUCCAUCCCUGCCAGGCUUCCAAAGGAGCCAACUUGCUUAGAGUUAGGGGUGUCCCAUCUUGGUCCUGGCUAGGUGUGUGACCCUGGGCAAAUCUAUUUCUCAGCCUCCAUUUCCUACUUGGUAAAAAUGAGGCUCAGUAGUCAUAGGGCUGUUGUAAGAUGCAAAGCAAGCAAGACUCAGGCAUGGUGCCUCAGUAAUCACCGGUAUGCAGUUCUGCCCCAGGUGGGUGUCCUGACCAGCUGCUGGAGCUCUGCUCUCCCCACAAGGUCCUCAUCUCAGCUCCUGUCACCGCCUCUGCUGCUGCCCUUUGCUUUGUCCACUUGGUGAUGCCCUCAUUCCUCCUCCCCCUGUGCCCACCACCCUGUGUGCCAGCUUCUUGCACCAUGAGUUGCUACUCGUGGCCGCUGGGCUGUCCCAGCUGCCAUCCUGUCAUCCUGUCCCCCGUGAAAGAGCUGGGCUCCUCCUAGGUGGCACAUUGCAGCUGGCAGGUCCCAGAGCUCUUCUGGUCAGGCCAUUGUGACCAGAAGGUGGGGAAAAUGAGGCCCAGCAAGGAGCAAGGACUGACCCAUGGUCACACAGCCUAUUUAUGGCUGACGUGGGGCCAGAGCCAGAUUUUGUAACUCUACCACUCAUCAGAGCCCCUGGAUCCCUAGCUCACCCCAUUUCACCCCACUUGGGGGGGUUGGGGUAGAGCUGGGGGCCACCUCCUGCGCCUGUUCCCUCCACCCUCGCUGGCUCCACCUGGAGACCACGUCUCUGACCACCGGCCGUGGGAAAGGUGAACACCUGGCAGAGGUUUGUGCCCAGGGGCCCACAUUUGGAAUUAAUUUCCAGAACCCUUGCUGGUGUGGUGGUGGCGGUCAGGGACCAAGUCUUUGAGGACAGACACCUGAGGACGUGGUGGCACUGUCCCUGUCGACAGGCAUGACCCAGAGAUGUGCCCUUGAGCCCUGGCAGACCUGAUGGCCUGGUGCAGAGCCCAGAGGGGGGCCUCAGUUCCCACUGUUUCCUGCUCUGUUUACAGACAAGCUGCCACCCUCCCUGGGUGAGGGGGAAGGGGUGGGGCAGAGGGCAAGUGCCAAGGUGGCACGAGGCUGGGCAUGUGCCUGGUCUCAGCCAGUGUCUAAGGAGUGUCAGACACCUGGAGGUGUCACUCUGAGGACCCUCGCCCCCACCGGAGCAUCUUGAUCUCUUCAGAAGCUGACCUCUGACCUGGGGGUAGCCCGAGUCCAGGUACCCCAACCCCCACCCUGGGCCCAGAGUCCUGCAUCAGUGAGUCUUGGCUCUGCUUAUAGCAUAUGACGCCAGAGGGGCUGAAAAUAGCCCCUGGAGGAGGGGGAGGAGGGGGCUAUUUAAAGGGCCUGGGAGGAGCAGAGCCAAGAGGGAGUGAGCAGUGACCAUGGCCACCUCAGAGCUGAGCUGCCAGGUGUCCGAGGAGAACUGCGAGCGCAGAGAGGCCUUCUGGGCUGAAUGGAAGGAUCUGACACUGUCCACACGGCCUGAGGAGGGUUGCUCCUUGCAUGAGGAGGAUACCCAGCGGCAUGAGACCUACCACCGGCAGGGGCAGUGCCAGGCACUGGUGCAGUGUUCCCCGUGGUUGGUGAUGCGUAUGGGCAUCCUCGGCCGCGGGCUGCAAGAGUACCAGCUGCCCUACCAGCGGGUGCUGCCACUGCCCAUCUUCACCCCCACCAAGGUGGGCACCAAGGAGGAGCGCGAGGAUACUCCCCUCCAACUGCAGGAGCUGCUGGCAAUGGAGACAGCCUUGGGUGGCCAGUGUGUGGACCGCCAGGAUGUGGCCGAGAUCACCAAGCAGCUGCCCCCUGUGGUGCCUGUCAGCAAGCCCGGCGCCCUUCAUCGCUCCCUGUCCCGCUCCAUGUCCCAGGAAGCACAGAGAGGCUGAGGGGGACUGUGACUUGGGCUCCACCGUGCCCGCCCUGGGCUGGGCCCUUCCUGGCUAGGACCACGGAGGAGAGCUGCUGGCCAUGGAUGCUUUGUAGUUUGCCCAGAGUUGGGGGCUAGGGGAGGAGGGAGCCAGAGGCCAGAAUGCCUGGGUCCCCUGAGUUCCCAAAGGGAGGGGAGCAAAGAUGGGGGGCACUAAGGGUGGAGAGCUGGGGGCCAGUACAGCCGAGUUCCCCCAGCCCAGGAGAAGGGACACAAGAUGCUGGUGAGGGCAAGAGGUCCCUUCUUGAGAGGAGUGACCCUGGUCCAGUUUUCAGCUUCAGAGAAGGACAAAGACAAGUGUAGGGGGAUCUGGAAUGCUCUGGGAAGGAGGCUUGGAGAAGACCGGAGGGAGGGGGACGUGAAGAGGGCAGAGGCAGGGUGGAGCCCCCAGCACCCUCUGUUAGUGCUGCAAUAAAUGCUCAAUCAU